CUUUAAGGCAGAGACUGUUUCCAAGUGUAUAAUUAAGUUGGCUACCUUGUUCAUUGAUGAUUCGUCCCCAAGUUGCUAUACAGAUACAGUAUCAGAGAACUUGUUGGUUGAGUUCUAGAGUUUCAAUGGUCUAAGCCUGUAAGAUAUAAAUAGAGUUUAAACUACGUUACAAACUAAACAGCUUCUACAUUCACCAUGUCCUUGUUCUUUCUAUUCCUUUUCUCACUCUUUGCUUUCGUUGCUCAAGCUCAGAUUCCCGCAAAUGAAACUUUCGAAUAUGUCAAUUCAGGAGAAUUCGGCCCUUAUAUACAAGAAUACGAUGCAUCCUAUCGUGUGUUAGAUCUCUUUACCUCCCCUUUUCAGCUUCUUUUCUACAACACCACUCCCAACGAUUUCACUCUUGCUCUGCGCAUGGGUUUGAGGAGAUCUGAAUCAAGCUAUCAUUGGGUUUGGGAGGCCAACCGGGGAAACCCAGUUGGCGAAAACGCAACCUUCACUCUUGGAACCAAUGGAAACAUUGUCUUGGCCGAUGGUGAUGGUCGGGUGGCUUGGCAAAGCAACACUGCGAACAAAGGGGCGGUACACUUCGAGUUGCUUUCAACCGGAAACAUGGUUCUUUACAACUCAAAGGGCAAGCCUAUUUGGCAAAGCUUCGACUCCCCUACAGACACUCUUGUAGUAGGUCAAUCACUCGGUGCCGGAGCUGCAAGCAAGCUAGUGAGUCGAGCCUCCGAGACUGAAAACAAAGACGGGACUUAUAGCUUGGUGUUGGAGCCAAAAGGUUUAGCUCUGUACUACAACAGCAAGAACUCUCCAAAGCCAUUACUCUACUACACAACCUCGAAAAGGUUUGGUUUACCAAAGGGUUCAUCAUUACACCGCAUUACACUGAACGCUGCUGCGGUAGAAGAGGGUCAUGCUUAUGACCUAUCCUUGGAAUACCAACUGGGAAACUCUACCUCCAGUGGAAAUCUCAUUCUAGCUCGACCAAAAUACAAUAGCACAUCGACAUGCCUUAGGCUUGGAAUUGAUGGAAAUCUCAAUCUUUACACUUACGACAAGAACUUGCGUUAUGGUGCGUGGGAGACGACAUUCACUCUCUUUGAUAAAGAGUCGGGAGUAUCUGAAAACGGGUGCGAAUUGCCAGAGCGAUGUGGGAAGUUCGGUCUCUGUGAGAAUAACCAAUGUGUUGGUUGCCCAUCGUCUAAGGGAAUUCUGGGUUGGAGUGAGAGCUGUGAGCCUGAGAAGCUUACGUCUUGUGGGUCAAAGAGCUUCCGCUACUACAAAAUUGAAGGGGUUGAUCACUUCUUGAGCAAGUACACUAGUGGGGAGGCUUUGAAGGAGCUUGAUUGUUCCAACAAGUGUGCCUUGGAUUGCAAGUGUCUGGGUUUCUUUUACAACAGAGAUGAAUCAAGGUGCUGGAUUGCUCAUGAAUUGAAGACUUUGACCAAAGUUGACAAAUCCAGUCAUGUUGGUUUCAUCAAGGCACCUAAUCGUUGAUCGGUGGCCUCUAUCAUCUGAGGCUUACCUUUAUCUUUUCAUGGUGGGAUAUAUUUACAUCGCAAGCACUUAAAAUUGGAGCAAUAACUAGUGCAUCUUCUGCACAAUUGUUCAGUUUUAUUUUUGAUCAGUGAAUACUGAAUAAGCUACUUUCCUGUAGCGCUUACUGUUAUAUCACAAAACUCUACGCAUUAUAAUUAACCACGUACAUGUUAGUAUUUACUU